CGAAAGCAUAGUCGGGCAUAGAUAGGUUACACGAUACUUGUUCUUGUGCGUAAGUUUGUUGUUGUUAAUCGUAUUGAUUCGCAUAAAAUAAAAGGAAGUUUAAGACCGUUGCAUAAUAACAUUUUGGUUAAUUAAUCAACAUGCCAGGCACGCCAAUGAAAGAGGAAAACGACACAUUGGAGAAACUGCAAACGACGGAACGUCCUCCGAAUGCGAAUUGCGAACCCGUUAUACGGGAAAUAACACAAACUGAUAAAUUAAACAAAAGGUUAUUGGUAUCGUUUUUAGAAAGGUUAAAUAAAUCAGACAUCGAGUCUGAUAAAUUUAUGGAUAAAGGAAGCACCAAUUGUGAUUCUCAAGAUGACAAUGAGUUUUAAGUAAGCAAAACAUAACCUACAU